AUCGGUCACGUGACCGAAACAGCUCAUGAUCACUUUCUAAAAGCGGUGCCGACGCAGGGUUUUGCUUUUAUGAGCUACGUCACACACCACCUGGCUGGCGCACCUGUCAGCCAGCAUUUGUGGCUACGGAGACACUUCGUGGAAAAUACUCAAUUUGGAGCGUUUUUUGGCUUGUGGAGUACCGGGACAACAGAGACUGUUGCCAGGAGGACUUUUGACGCGGUACCGUGAAAAGAAGCACGACAAUCGGGAAGCUGAUCAGUGCUUACCUGGAGAAGAAGAGUGACCUGGAGGACCACACGGUGCACCUGCUCUUCUCCGCCAACCGCUGGGAAAUGGUGCCCCACAUGAAGAGCAGGCUGGAGCAAGGCACCACCCUGGUGGUGGACCGCUACGCCUUCUCCGGCGCGGCGUUCACCAGCGCCAAGCCCGGCUUCAGCCUGGACUGGUGCACCCAGCCGGACGUGGGGCUCCCCAAGCCGGACCUGGUGCUGUUCCUGCAGCUCAGCCCGGCCCAGGCGGCGCUGCGGGGCCACUUCGGCGAGGAGCGCUACGAGACCGGCGUCUUCCAGAGAGCGGUGCAGCAGCGCUUCGAGGAGCUGAUGAAGGACUCCUCCGUCAACUGGAAGGUCAUCGACGCCUCGCAGAGUGUGGAGGACGUGCACGAUGACAUCACCGAUCUAAGCCUCCACGUCCUCAGAGAGGCUCGGGAGCGGCGCCUGGAAGAGCUUUGGAAGUUGUGUGUUAGGCCACAGGUGUCAAAGUCAAGGCCCGGGGGCCAGAGGUGGCCCACCCCAUCAUUUGAUCUGGCCCACAAAUACCAGGGAAUGUUAUUUGUCAAUAAAGUACUUCAUAUUUUCUCACUAAAUGUCAUUAUUUGUUUUCAUUUUGACAGAAAAAAUUAAUUUACUGCUUGAAAUAGCAUACCUUUCAAACUUGAAUAGUAUCCAAUAUUGCAACAAAUAUUACAGUAUAUUAUCAUACUUUCCAAACAUAUUUUUGUCUCAACAAAAAUACUUAACUUUACAGCAAACUAUCCAUCAAAUGAACAAAAACGACAAUACAUUUUACUGUGUUCUUUACAGCAUAUUACUGAGAAUUGAAAAAAAAAAAAUGUUGUAAAAUUCUGUUGACUGAGCUGCCAUAUCUUUACUGUAAAAUCUUGUUUUUAACGGGUUAUUACUGUAAAUGGAAAGACGCUACAUUUGUUUUUACGGUGGUAAAACUGGCAGGUAAGUUGCCAUAAUAAAAAAAGAACUUGUACUGUUUUUCCAUGAACAAAAUAUCAUGUUGUAAAAACCAAUCUCAAUUCAACACAAACAAAUUCUGGCGACUAAGCUGAGAGCUUUU